AUGGCGGCGCUUCCACCUAUUGUACCGUUGUUCCGUAGGGGGCCUGGCCCGGCAGCCCCCGUGUCAACCCGGACAUCAAGCGAGUUUACGUUCACGGAUGCAGCAUCGUCCCGCGUCAUGUCGCUCGAUGAACGGAAUUUAAUCGCAAGUCUAAUCGCCGAUCUCUCCGACAACUGUGAGACGGCUUUUGCAAGAGCACAUAUCCAAGCCCACGAGUGGGGACCAAGAUAUUCAGAAUUGACAGAGCGAGAUUGCACCGACCGGCAUUUUAGUAGACGAUCGCGCCCACGGACUCGUGGUACCGCCACCUCAUACACGCCUUCGAACUUACGCGAGGAUCUCCGCGAGAUCCGACCCUAUCUACGCGAAAGCACAUUGUUGGCACUAGAAGGAAUAUUAGCAAACGGAAUGGGACUAAGAGACGAGAUGCCAAAAACCCCAAAACCCCCGACGUCGCCUCUGGCAUCCUCUCCUCUGUCACCUCAAUCUGGCGAAGGCUACUACGUACCCGUCAUACUAGACUCCCACCAACCGUCCGGACGCUCCAGCUACUCGCGACCAAACAGCGUCAAAUUCGACGACGAGCCGGACGAGUCUGGUAUCUUUCCCCGCGACAAGCGACGGAGUACGAAGAGCAACCUUCGACACCCAAUGGACGACAACACGCCACCAGACAACCUGAGGUCGACGUUUGAGAGCGACAUGGCGGGCACCAUCCCGCCCGCGCCAGCCUAUCCUUCAAAAGCCAAAACGGCUAUUAUUAUGUUUUCUUUGUAUAUUGCCAUUUUCCUUGUCGCCCUCGACAGAACUAUCAUUGGACCCGCUAUUCCCGCCAUCACAAACGACUUCAAGAGCAUAGACGAUAUCGGCUGGUACGGCAGUUCGUACAUGCUUACGGCCGCCGGUUUCAUCUUGCUCUACGGACGAGUCUACACCUUCUUUUCAACAAAGACUGUUUUCCUUUCUGGUAUUUUCUUAUUUGAAAUUGGCAGCGUCGUUUGCGGCGCUGCGACGAGCAGCACGAUGCUGAUUGUUGGGCGCGCUAUUGCGGGCCUGGGCAGCAGUGGCAUCUUCACAGGCGCAAUUCUCAUCAUGCUCAACACUGUUCCGCUCGAGAAGCGGCCGAUGCUUCAAGGUCUUUUUGGUGCGUGCUUUGGUGUUGCGUCCGUGGCUGGGCCCUUGCUCGGUGGAGCGUUCACCCAGAGUUCGGCAUCGUGGAGAUGGUGCUUUUGGAUCAACCUGCCGCUCGGAGGCGUUACGAUUUUGGUUGUGUUUUUUAUGCUCAAGUUGGACGAGCAGAAGCAGAAGCUGAAGGGCUGGGGAGAAAUUGUUCGACAGUUGGAUCCGCUUGGUACCCUGCUCUUUCUGCCAUCAAUCACCUGUCUGCUUCUCGCACUGGAAUGGGGUGCCGCUGAGUACUCCUGGUCGUCGCCGAGGAUCAUUGCUCUUCUUGUCGUCUUUGCCGUGCUCCUUGUUGCUUUCAUAGCAUGGCAAUACGUCACUCGCCACACUACGGCUACCAUUCCCGCACAUAUCAUUCUUCAACAGAGUGUCGCCUGCGGUGGUGCAUCUCAGUUCUGCGUCGGAGCGACCAUGCUUACGGUCUCGAUUUACAUUCCUCUCUGGUUCCAAGCCAUCAAGGGCGUGUCUGCAAUGCAGUCUGGCAUCAACACCAUCCCACUUGUCCUUUCGGUCGUGGUAGGCUCAAUUCUGUCAGGUGGACUGGUACAGCGUUUUGGUUACUACACUCCAUUCAUGAUCUUUGGGUCUGUCCUCAUGGCCCUUGGAGUUGGUCUAAUCACAACAUGGAAUGUGAACACGAGCAACGGCAUGUGGAUUGGCUACCAGAUCCUCGUGGGUUUUGGAGUCGGAAGCACCAUGCAGCAUCCUAACAUCGCCGUCCAAACCGUUUUGCGGAAGCAAGAUGUGCCGACCGGAACAGCCAUCCUUUCACUGUGCCAGACAUUGGGUGGAGCCGUAUUUACAGCAGUCGGUCAAAACUUGUACAUCAGCAAAUUCACCGAUGGCCUGAAGGAAAUUGGUGGUCUCGAACCCCAACGCGUACUCAGUGCCGGGGCAACAGAGAUCACCAAGAAUAUACCAGACGACGUCAAAGCGAGAGUGCUGGAAGCCUAUAAUGUCGCUCUGACAAAGGGAACUUUCUUUGCAGCCCUUAUCAUUGCUUGCUUUGCCUUGCCGGCGGCUCUGGGUAUGGAAUGGCGCAGCGUCAAGAACAAGCAAGAUCCGCCACAACAGUCUGCACCCAAUGGAGAUGUGGAAAAGCAAGAUGGACAAGCGCAACCACCUCGUGGUAUCUUGAAGAAUGCGGCCGCCACUGACGGACAAGACGAUGCUCCUCUUGCUCCACCGGCUCCAUCAUGGCGAAAGACGUUCCGAGCCAGUGGUCAUUUCUCGUCGUACUUGACCGCCAAGGUCAACCCUGAUCUCCGGGGUGAAUUGAAAGCGCCUAAAUAG